AUGGGGGCGUCCCAACCUACAAUGAAGUCCAUCCUCGGCGUCUUAUUCCUGUGUCUGGUCCAGAUUUCCGCCGCGCUGAAAUUCGAUUUGCCCGCCGCGAGCGGAAAGAACGAGCGAUGCAUCCGCAACUUCGUCUUUAAGGACCAACUCGUCGUCGUGACAGCUAUUGUGGGCGGGUAUAAGGGUGAUGGACAGAAAGUCAACAUGCAUAUCAAGGAUGCCCUGGGCAAUGAUCAUGGUCGUCCGAAGGAUGUUGUGGGAGAGACUCGUCAGGCGUUUACCUCCGCCGCGGAUACGGCUUUCGAUGUUUGCUUCGAGAACAAGCUCGAGGGAAGGAACAAUGUUGCGAACCCCUAUCGGUCGGUUGAGCUUGAUAUCGAUAUUGGUGCCGAUGCCCGUGACUGGUCUAGCAUUCAGGCCCAGGAGAAGCUCAAGCCCAUCGAAACCGACCUCCGUCGUAUUGAGGAGAUGGUGCAAGAGAUCGUCAGCGAAAUGGAAUACCUCCGUGCCCGUGAGCAGAAGCUGCGCGACACCAACGAGAGCACUAACGAGCGUGUGAAAUGGUUUGCAUUCGGCACAAUGGGAAUGCUGAUUGGACUGGGUGUUUGGCAGGUCAUUUAUCUGAGGGCUUACUUCAGCUCGGCAAUUCGAGUCAAAGACGACAACGCCCGCUCGACAGCACCAGAGCACCGCGAAUACCAGACCUCCAGGCCUCCCAAUCAGCAUGUUCCUAACACAACAUCCACCAUGACUAAGGACUUCCCCAAGGUCGGGGAGAAGCCCGCGCCUCCGGAGCUUUUGAGCUCGGUCGACCCGAACUACAAGCCGACGGAUCCCUACCCCGGCAAGGUCGAGCACUUUACGGGAGGGCGCCAGGAGACGGGGGCGCAGAAGCCGGAGCUGGGGGUUGGUGAGAUGGAGGGGAUUACGUUCAAAGUUGAACCGUUGAAGCGUGCUGGGGAGGAUGCUUCGACUAUGAGGGCGAGGUUGUUGUAUCAGAGCAGGAAGCGAGGUAUCCUCGAAUCCGAUCUGUUACUUUCUACAUUCGCCGACGUCUACCUGUCCAAGAUGGACAAGGAGCAGCUGCAGGAGUAUGACCGGUUCCUGGAUGAGAAUGACUGGGAUAUCUACUACUGGGCGACACAGGACCCCCCUGCAGAAGGGACGGAUGCCAAUGCCUCGCAGGAUACCCCCACCGAGACCUGGAAGCGCACCGGAGCCAAGAGCGGCGAAUGGGCCCAGACUGUCGGUGCCUACAAGGCUGCUUAUCGGCCCGUUCCGUCUCGUUGGGCCGAGUCGGAGGUCUUGCGGCUUUUGAGACAGCAUGUGCAGGAUAACAGUGCUACUGGGUUCCAUGCUGCUAAGAGUAAGAAGACAGGCGGCGCGGGACUUGGUCGGAUGCCGAAUGUUCAGCUGGUCCUUCGUGGUACCCUCGAGGGUCACAAUGGCUGGGUUACUUCCCUUGCCACCUCUUUGGAGAACCCCAACAUGCUGCUUUCCAGCUCUCGCGACAAGACCCUGAUCAUCUGGAACCUUACCCGUGACGAGCAGGCCUACGGUUACCCCAAGCGCAGCCUUGAGGGUCACUCUCACAUCGUCUCUGACUGUGUGAUCUCCUCCGACGGUGCCUAUGCUCUGUCCGCCUCCUGGGAUAAGUCUCUCCGCCUCUGGGAGCUCUCCACCGGCGAGACCACCCGUACCUUCGUUGGCCACACCAACGACGUCCUCUCCGUCUCUUUCUCCGCCGACAACCGUCAGAUUGUCUCCGCUUCUCGUGACCGCAGCAUCAAGCUCUGGAACACCCUUGGUGACUGCAAGUUCACCAUCACCGAGAAGGGCCACACCGACUGGGUCUCCUGCGUUCGCUUCAGCCCCAACCCCCAGAACCCCGUCAUCGUCUCCGCUGGCUGGGACAAGCUCGUCAAGGUUUGGGAGCUCGCCUCCUGCCGCCUCCAGACUGACCACAUCGGUCACUCUGGCUACAUCAACACCGUCACCAUCUCCCCCGAUGGAUCCCUCUGCGCCUCCGGUGGCAAGGACGGUACCACUAUGCUCUGGGAUCUUAACGAGUCCAAGCACCUCUACUCCCUCCACGCUGGCGAUGAGAUCCAUGCUCUCGUCUUCUCCCCCAACCGCUACUGGCUCUGCGCUGCCACCGCCAGCAGCAUCACCAUCUUCGACCUCGAGAAGAAGAGCAAGGUUGAUGAGCUCAAGCCCGAGUACAUCGAGAAGGGCAAGAAGAGCCGUGAGCCCGAGUGUAUCAGCUUGGCCUGGAGCGCUGAUGGCCAGACUCUCUUCGCUGGUUACACUGACAACAAGAUCCGUGCCUGGGGUGUCAUGUCGAGGGCAUAA